AUGGCGGCACAGAUGACGACAUUGAUAAAGGGACAUACAAACACGAAGGUAGAGAUCAAGAAACUCUCCAGCCGUAUUAGUACAGAGGUGGGGAAACUGAAAGAAAGAACAAAGUUUCUAACACAAGUACAGGAAACCAUGAGGCAAACCAGAGAGGAGAGAGGGAAAAAUAAAGAUCAAAAAGAAAAAAUCGACGAAAUGAAUAGAAUGGAGGAGGAAAAACGGGUGGCCGAGGAAAAAGUAGAAAGAGCCGAGAAAAAAGUCGAGGAAAUGAAGAAACUGAUACAGGAAUUAGAAGACAAAGCGAAAAGAGAAAAAGCUAACUAUCAAAAGCAAGAAAACAGCCAAAUGAACAAGUUGAAGGAGGAAAAAAGGAUGGUAGAAGAAAGAAUGGAAAGAGCCGAGAGAAGAAUGGAAGAAAUGGAAAAAGUAAUAGAGAAUAUGAAAGAAAAAAUAAAAAGUGGAGAAGAACUAGUGAAAAAGAAUGCAUGCAAUUGUGAAUGCAGAUGUGGAAACUCCAUCAUAAAUGAGCUCCCAGAAGCAGAAAUAGGAUAUGAAGAUUACUGUGAAAUGGAAAAAAUGGAAUGGGCAGCAGAGAUAUAUAGGAAAACAAAAAUAACGGUAGGAAACCCUUUAGAAACUGCUGAUGAAACAACAAAGGUAGUGAUGAUAGAGCCGGAUGACAUAGAGAUGAACCGAAGUAUCCAAAAGCUAUAUAGGGAUAAGUACCCGGAGCUAGUGAGGCUAGAAGGAGACAUAGAGAUAAUAGAACAAAUCACUAAAGUGAGAAGGACAGGAAAGCAGAUAAGGAAAAAGGUGGUGAAAGUAACGAUGGACGGCACACACAAAGAUACAUGGGAUAAACUUAUGAAACUCAGAGAGGAAACAGAAGGGGACGAGGAAAUAUACAUACACCAUGUCAAAUGGAUGGAGGUCAAAAACCUCCAAAAAAUGGUUGAGGCUGUCUUUCACCUUGGGAACACCAGGUGGAGAUAUUCACAACAAGCGGGGGAGAAAUACCUAAGAGGGAAAGGACGACAUAUGGGUUGUUAG